CCUCAUUUUCUCAGUCCUGGAAACAGCAAACCGGAGACUGAGUGUAGAAACAGCACUGAACACAAAGAAAUGAAUGAGAUCUUGGCAGCGUGUGAUUCUUGUUCAUCUGAGAGCAGAACUCAAUCAGUCAAGCGCUCCGCUGGUCUCCGAGGUGAAACGCACACCGAUGACAAAUCCACUAGAGGGCACUGUCUACACUUUUGCAAAGCUGAAAUGCAUUACUUAAGAUUGAUUGCUGUAUUGGAGCCAAUGACUCAAUGAGUGUUGUGGAUCUGCUGUUUUCGCCACUGUUUUUGCUGGAUUUGAUAAGAUGGACGGCCUGAAGAUCUUCAGACUCAUGGCUCCAGCUCUCAGAAGGAGUGUGUCCUCCAUGGAGCGUGUGCUGCUGCUGCUGUGUGUGUGCGUGUUCUGCUGGUCCUCCUCCUCCUCCGCCAUGCUGUGCCCCAAACGCUGCACCUGCCAGAACCUGCUGCCCUCCUACACCGUGCUCUGCGCCAAAACCGGCCUGCUCUUCGUGCCGCCCAACAUCGACCGGCAGACGGCGGAGCUGCGUCUGAUGGACAACUUCAUCACCAGUCUGCGCCACCGCGACUUCGCCAACAUGAGCAGCCUGAUCCACCUCACACUCUCCAGAAACACCAUCAGCCAGAUCCGACCCUACGCAUUCGCAGACCUCCAGGAUCUACACGCAUUGCAUCUGGACGCAAACCGGCUGACGGUUCUAGAUGACACACACUUACAAGGCCUGGUCAAUCUGCGCCAUCUAAUACUAGCCAACAAUCAAAUCCACAGCAUCUCAGACGGAGCCUUCCAAGACUUCCUGGAAACUCUUGAAGAUCUCGAUCUGUCGUAUAAUAAUCUCGUGGACUUACCGUGGGACACCAUUGCGAUGCUAGCCAGCGUAAACACCUUGAGUUUGGAUCAUAACCUGAUUGAGUUCGUUCCUGAGGGGAUAUUUUCAAAUCUGCAUAAACUAGCUAGACUCGAUAUGACGUCGAAUAAGUUGAAGAAGAUUCCUCCGGAUCCUUUAUUUCUGCGUAUUCCUGUAUACGCCAAGAUGAAGGGAUCACCGCUGACUGCUCUAGUGCUCAGUUUCGGGGGGAAUCCAUUGCACUGUAAUUGCGAGUUGGUCUGGUUGAGACGUCUUACUCGUGAGGAUGAUCUGGAGACCUGUGCAUCUCCGAGAGAGCUUGCUGGGAAGUAUUUCUGGACGAUUCGAGAGGAGGAGUUUGUUUGCGAGCCGCCGAUGAUCACUCGACACACUUCUAAGAUGUUCGUGAUGGAGGGGCAGGAGGUCAGCCUGCGCUGUCGGUCCGUCGGCGACCCCGAACCCAUCGUGCAUUGGGUCAGCCCUGAUGGGAAGCUAAUCGCUAACACUUCGCGUACAGUAUGCUAUGAUAACGGCUCUCUGGAUAUCCUGACCGCCACAGUGAAGGAUUCUGGCAUGUUCACAUGCAUCGCUUCUAAUGCAGCCGGCGAGGCUACGGCGCCGGUGGAGUUAGUUGUGAAUCCUUCACCGCAUUUUGAUCCCAAACUGGAACCUGAGCCGGGACCCUCAGAUAUGCCCACGUCUAUAAAGUCCAACAGCAGUGGCAGUGGAGGACAGAAUCGAGCUGAUCAACGGGUCACGGUUUCAGAAAUUUCACCCAGCUCAGCUAUGAUCCGCUGGCCUCCACAAAGCCAGAUUCCUGGAGUCCGCAUGUACCAGAUCCAGUACAACAGCUCCACUGAUGACAUCCUCAUCUACAGAAUGAUUCCUGCUUCCCACAAGCGCUUCUUGCUGAGUGAUCUGGCCUCCUCCCGUGACUACGAGCUCUGCGUUCUGGCUGUAUAUGAUGACGGGAUCACAUCUCUAACCGCCACACGAAUGGUCGGCUGCGUAUCUUUCACCACAGAGCGUGAAUUUCGCCAUUGCCGCUCCAUCCACGACCAAUUCCUCGGUGGCACCAUGAUCAUAGUCAUUGGCGGCAUUAUUGUAGCAUCGGUCCUCGUCUUCAUCUUCAUCCUGCUGAUGAAAUAUAAACUCCACAGUCAGCAUUAUAAGCAGAAAGCGGCCCGCGUCAGUAAUGUUUGCUCCCAGACCAAUGGUGGCCAGCAGGGAGCAACAUCUGGUCCUCCGCCACGCUCGUCUUCUGGAUCCGCAAAUAAACCAUCGGUCCCGCUGGGGUCCGAAAGACAAGAAGGAUCCCAUGGGAUGGAAGGAGGAUAUGGGGCUCUAAGAGGAACCACGGUGGUGGACUUAAACCCAGAUUAUGGGAAAUCCGUCAAAGAGGACGACUCCAUAUCGCAAUAACAAAGGGCUCGGUCCCACCUCCCUUCCCAUUCUCUUCACUCCACACAACUCAUUCUGUUUUGUUUUUGUUUCCGGCGUCCUGCGGCCUUACUGGGGGUUUUCUUCUG